AUGUUUCCCUUCACUCAGAUCCCCGAUGGAAUCUGCACUGUAGCUCUGAGCUGCUCAGAAGCGGAGCUGAGAGGGAGAAGAGAUUUUGAAUUCCAUAACUAUGUUACCAGAAUUACCCAGAGAUCCCUGUUCAACGGGGUAAUCAUGACAACCAUUUUACUGAACGCGCUUUUCAUGGCGCUGGAGACGGAUUAUGACCUUAAAUACCGACUCUUUGGGUUCUUUGAGAUUGUGGACCAGCUGUUCCAGGCGAUCUACACCAUGGAGUUCCUGAUGAAGGUGUAUGUUGAGUGGAGGGGCUAUUGGAAGAGUGGCUACAAUGUGUUUGACGCCUUCAUCCUCGCCCUCUCCUUCAUCCCCAUGUUCAUGAACACGUCGGGGGCCAGUACCCGCUCUCUCAAGUCUCUGCGCAUGAUCCGAGCAGUCAGAACUCUGAGGAUGCUGAAGACUGUGUCCUUCAUCCGGGGCCUGCAGGCUCUGACAGAAGCCUUGUUCAAGACCUUGAAGAGUGUUGUUUAUGUCCUGGUCUUGCUAUUCUUGCUCAUGUUUGUCUUUGCUAUAAUGGGGUAUUAUUUCUUUGGGGACCCCGAGACUGGAGAUCCUGAUAACUGGGGUGACCUGGGAUCGGCGCUGUUCACCCUCUUCAGUUUAGUAACGGUUGAUGGCUGGACAGACCUACAAAGUAAGCUUGAUGUUUUGGGGUUUACAUCCAGCCGCAUUUUUACAAUUGUUUUCAUUCUACUGGGAUAUUUCAUCUUCUUCAACAUGUUCAUCGGAGUGGUGAUUAUGGAAAUUCAGCACUCCACAAAGUGUUUUGAGAAGGAGCUCCAGACAGAGCGUGAAAUCACUCUCGCACAGAAGAAGCAGGAAAUCAUAAAGAAGCAGCAGCAGGAAGUCAGGCAGCUGAUCCAGAACCAGACAACCAAUGACUUGAACAAAUUCAGUGAACUUGUGGAGAGGUUCAGAAAGACCCUGCGGCACAGUGAUUACUUGGUUACGGAUGAUCUCUAUACAAGCUUAUCCUUCAUUGAUAUCUACUUGACCUCUUUAGACCACCAGGACAACACUUUGCAAAGACUGCAGCAGCUCUACUUUGAAACGGCUUGUACUUUAAGUCACAUUUUGGAAGAUGAUUUGACUGAAGGAAAGACACAGAAGGAAAGCAGAAGCGCCAGCCUGUGAACAGACCGGACGUUAAACUCGCGAGUCCAGAAAUGAAACGCUGCUAUUCUAGAAUACAAUUAAAACUGAACAAACCCAGUAGCGUCAGCUGUCGAUUUCAUAGUCCUAUUCUCUUG